AUUUGGCAUUCCACCAUCAGCCCCUUUGGCAUAAAUUGAUUCGCAUCGCUGGUCACACUCUAGCCAUCGUGUCCGAUCCUAUUGUUGACAAAAAAUCGAUCAGUGAGAUGUAUUGAAUUGUGUGUACGAAGUUGCUAAGGUUAUCACAUUGAAUAAAGACAAGUUAAAACAGGGCCGCCGACGAUGGGAUGCGGGGCCUCAAACAACUUUGACUUCAAAUAUGAUGUUUCCCAGCAGUGGGAGAGUGCUCGCAAAACUAUCGACAUUAAGCGACACCGUAACAAACCAGUCAUUAAGAGGUCAGGAUGGAAAACUGUCCGAAUCUUUGUGUCGUCAACAUUCCGUGAUUUCCACGCAGAGAGAGAAGUUCUGGUUAAAGAGGUAUUUCCUGAUUUGAGACAAUGGUGUGAAAAGCGAAGACUUCAUCUUGUUGAAUGUGAUCUACGAUGGGGUGUCCCAAAAGACACAACCUCAGAAGAAACGCUCCGCACAUGCCUUGGUGAAAUUGACAGGUGUUACCAGGACAACAUCAUGCCUUUUUUUCUGAACAUGACAUGUGCUCGUUGUGGUUGGAUACCUAAUGACAGUGAGGUUCCUCAAAGUGUAAAAUCUGAAUACAGGUGGAUCGGUGGAUUAUCUGUAACAGAAAUGGAGAUUAUCCAUGGUGCAUACAGGAAGGAUAAUCCUAAUUCUCUGUUUGCAAUUCGAGACACACAUUUCCUAGAGUCACUUCCUGAUGAAUACAAGGACGACUUCUUAGACUCCAAUCCAGUCGCUGAGCAUAAGCUGAAAGUUCUGAAAGAUGUCCUAUCAAACAGAUUCCAGGCUGACCGUGUGUUUACUUACAACUGUAGCUAUGGUGGAGUCGAUGCUGACACCGGAAAAGUUAGUCUUGAUGGUCUCCAUGGCGAAUUCACAAACAAGAUGUCAAAUCCGAAGCCAUGUCUUAAAGAUUUCUCCCGUGUGGUUUUCAAAUUUUUUCAAGAGAGGAUCGCAGAGCAGUAUCCGCUGUUCGAGGGUAAACUAGACGUGUUCGAGCAAGAGAAGGAGGCUCACGAAGCAUUCAUGAAGAGCAGAUGUACUGUUGUCCUUGGUAGAAAUGAGAUUUUGGAUAAAAUUGCAAACUAUGUGACAGACUUGGGUACUGGCAUGCCGUUGAUCUUAACCGGUGGACCAGGCUCCGGCAAGUCAUCCAUAAUGGCCAAAGCAGCUGAUGUUGCUUCACAAAAGGCCAGUGGUGGGGAAAUUCCAGGUGGAGGUGAUGUAGGUUGGCAUGUCUUCUACCACUUCGUUGGUGCUAUUCCAGGAUCCACGGAUCAAGAGAUGAUUUUAAAACGACUCCUUAAGGAAUUGAAGAUUUGUAAUGAUUCCAAUAUGCCCAAGGACUAUGAGGGCGCUGCUCAGCUUGUUGCUGGUGUACUGUCCAAUCCAAACUCAAAGCCUGUUAUCAUUUUAGUUGACGCCCUCAAUCAGGUUGAUGAAGAGAAAGGUCAUGGAACGCUGAGUUGGUUGCCACGGAAACUUGCUCCUCAAGUUCGCUGCAUCUUCUCAAUGAUAAAUGACACACCACCACACGUAACGCUGUUAGCACGACCUCACGGACCAUUAGAAGUUCCAGUUACACCGCUAGAUGUACCAUCCAGAAAGGAAAUUGUUUUAGAGAUUUUAAGCAACUAUCACAAGAAACUUGACCCUGAGCAGAUGACCUGUCUUCUUUCUAAGGAAUCGUCAAAGAAUCCACUUUGGCUAGCGAUUGCAUGCGAGGAGCUACGUGUCUUUGGUGACUUUAGCCGAGUCACAGAAAAGAUCAAGUCACUUGCUGAUGAUUUACUUGAUUUACUGGGACAAGUGCUUACACGAUUUGAACACGAGAAUGGCGGCACUCUGAUGAUAGCGACCCUCUGCCUUCUGGAAACUUCUUCACAUGGACUUCUGGAAACAGAACUUUUAUCAGUACUUGGAGGAGAUGUAUCACUACUCACUCCAUCUGAGGAGAACUUUAGCAAAUUGAAAAAAAAAGAAGAUAGUGAUGUUCAACCAAUUAGAAGCCAGCCACUAUCUGCUGCUAAGUGGGCCGCUGUGUACCGUGCAUUACGUACCUUCCUUAGACCAUUUGGGGACAGCGGUGAGGGCAGGCUUGACUUCUACCAUCGCUCACUCAGUAAAGCUGUGAGGAAAAAAUAUUUUCACACACAAGAUGGAUCUGAAAGAGAGGAUGUGUAUGCAUUUUGGCAUAUGGUACUCGCAAACUUUUUUGAGAAUGAGCAGAAUGUUGACCGCAAAGUUGAGGAGUACCCUUACCACCUGGUCAAAGUAAAUGAUACGGAUCGUCUGGCUAAGUGUUUGACUGAAUGGCCUGUCUUUGACCAUUUGUUCAAUGAUUAUUACAGUUCCCAACUUCUGUUAUACUGGCGUAAGGUUGGUGACUACCAGUGUAUGGAAGGCCACUAUAGGAAAAUUCUGGAAGCAAUUGACAAAGAGGCAUUUGGACUUGAAGAAUAUUGCAUACGAUAUGAACACAUUGCAAAACUUUUGGUACAAGCUGGUGAGUACACUGUAGCGAAGGGUUACAUCGAUGUCGCCCUUAACAUCGAAGAAGAGCAGCUUGGUGGAAGACCAGAACGAUUGGUGGAGCUGUUUGCCCUUUAUGGUGAACUCUAUGAUGAGAUUUCUAAGUUACAUGACUUUAUUAAGAAAGAAAACAUUAAGGAUUUGAAGCCAUGCAUUGAGUACUUUAGGAAGUCGGUACAAAUCAGGGAAACAUUAACCGGAGACCAUCACAAGUACAAGAUGGGCAUUUCCCUCAUGUCAUUAUCCUUUACUCUAAACACAUUUUUUGAAUGUGGAGGUGACAACACACUGGAUGCAGAUGAUGCCCAAGAAGAGGCAUUGGAACACAUUGAGAAAGCACUUACAAUAUUCCAAGAGCUUGGAGAUCUUGGGAAGGAGGCAGAAGCUAGCAUGACAAAAGCUAUUCUGUACGACCGAGGAUCGGAUGAACAAUUCGAAUGGUACAACAAAGCGUAUGAACAGUGUGAACAAGCCUACGGAAGCAACUGUAAGCUGAUGACCAGGCUGAUGAGCAACAUAGGUAUAUUCCAUGAAGAUAAAAGAGAUUUCCACACCGCCUACGAAUAUUUUGUCAAGUGGUACAAUGUAUCUGUAGAGGUGUUUGGAGAAAAUCAUCCUAAAACAACUUCCGCUCGGAAUUGUCUGGAGGAGCCACAGUACCAACGGAUAAAAGCAGCUAUUGAAGCUGGCAAUGAAGCAUAAAGAGGAGAUAGCAAAAAUAUGCAGACGACAUAAAAUUGAACUCUGGGAUAUGUUUAAGUAGUGCCCUCGCAAGGUGAUGUCAUAAUCUACCAAGCUUGUACUUAUACAUUUGAAUAAGUUGUUAACUCCACAUCAUAAAUGAUGUUCAAGGAAAGGAAAAUGACCUUUUUGCUGAGUUUUGUCCCUUGGGUGAUGUUUCUGAGGUUCCAUGACAGUGUUGAGAUAGUCCUUGGGUAAGAAUGUUAAUAGUACAUGUGUUUGUGUGGGACAACAUAUGUUUAUGUGGGACAGGCAUAUAUUCUUGUCCUGUUUUGACUAGUCAGUUUUUAAUUGUUAUAGACACACCAAAAGGUCCAUUAGAUGUCAGUGGGGAGGGGGGACUGAUUUUUUUCAUUAAAGCAUUUGGAGUAACACUAUAUCUAAAUCUAAAGUUGGCUGUUAUUUUCUGGCAGCUUUUUUUUCCCAAGCAGGAGCCUAAAAUAACUAUAUGAUAUUUGAAAGGCCAAUUUUUCAUCACACUGAAUUUUAGCCCAGUUGUUAAUGUUAUGGGCUAGAGUGCAUAAGGUGAUUGAAUAUUUCCCAUGAAGGGGGUGGGAAUUACAAAUAUCUAUGCUUGAGUAAUGCAGUGAUUUUUCCUAAUUGCCAACACAAAAUGCUGUUUGAGUGAGGUAGAAAAAGUGCAGAACAUCAGGGAAAAAUGCAUUAAAGUAGCAUUUAAUAGGUGUUGGUGUUACAUCCUCUAAGCCCUAUUUCUUAGAUAUUGUGACGAAGAUCCUAAAAAUGACAGAUAAAUGUAAACCACAUUUGUGGUACAUGCACGUAUUCCUGGCAAUGUUUACAUUGGUCAGUUUUUUUGAGGAAAGUUCAUUGCUAGGAUGAAUGUAAACUUACGGGUAUUUCAUCAUGACACGGAGACAUCCAGCGGCAUAUCUAGGGGUUUGGGGGAAUGCUCUUCCCACCAUCUCCAACUGUCACCUUCCCCCCUCCACCCCUGACAAUUUUUGAAGCAAAAUAGUUACGCUAAAGUAGUUGAAAAUCACAUUAUUUUGCCGCUCCACUCAAUUCAUCAUCAAGUUCUCCCAUUACACGUCCCCCACCCAUUUCAGUACCCCUAAAUAUGCCUCUGGAUACCACCGUUUAUUAUAAUAUAGAUAUAUACCCUGUUGGGUAAUAUUUAAUCACAUCUCAUGUAUUAUUAUCUCUUUAUUUACUUAAUGAAGCAUUAUUGUAGUGCAAUGUAUGUGCAAAAAUAGAUAGGUAAGUAAGACUUGUACAUUGUGUAUAACUCAGUGUUAUUGUAAAAUUUAAUAUUAUAUAGUAUUUCAGGAUCAUGUUCCCAAGAUAAUUGUUUUUAAUCUUUCUAACUUUUAGGAAAAACAAUUUCUUAAUGAAAGUAAAAAUAAAAAAGUAAAUUAAUUUUGCAUAAUCCAAAAUAUUCUUUAUGCUGUCUAUCAUAAAAUAUCAGCCAGUGCUUUCUUGAAAUGUAUUUUCUUACUUUUGUUAUGGGUUUUCUCUAUUUAUUUUUAAUACUAAUACUAAAAUAUUGGUGUUAAGAAUAUAUUUUCUUACUUUUGUUAUGGGUUUUACUCUAUUCUUGAUACUAAUAUUUUAAAUAUUUCAUUUAUAGCAUUUUAGUAUAUUUGUCCAAUCAAUUGUGUGUACACAGAAAAUUCAAGUUUUACUCUAUUUAUUCUUAAUACUAAUAUUUUAAAUAUUUCAUUUAUAUCAUUUUAGUAUAUUUGUCCAAUCAAUUGUGUGUACACAUAGAAAAUUCAAGUGAUUUGUUCAACCUGACUGUUACUGUAUUUAAUAUUCUGUGUACAUAUUGUAGCAAAUAGCCUGGAUUUUAUCUCAGUUGUGAAUGUACAGUAGUAAAAUCAAGGCAUGUCGAGAUCAGACUCGGCUUACUAAUUUCAUGAUUGUGUAUAUCAUUUUCAAAGUACUUAUGUAUAUUUUUUAAAUAAAUCUGAAGACGAUUAUGUUA